UGCUCAUCUCUCCAGUAGUUUCUCUUAUCAGUAGUGAUAUCUGUGAAAGCCAUAGAUAUGCAAACUUCAGUAUGGGAGGAAUUUACAUCACCAGGUAAGAUAUGUUUAAAACGGAGAGUAAAAGUCUACAGUUAAAGAAGACAGGCAACGGAUUCCAGUUAACCCAUUCACAAAAGAGAAGGAAAAAGACAGGAUAGAGCAGGUAACUUUUGAAUGUUGUGAACACCAUCAUGAUGUGGAUAUUCCUUCUUCUAGCUUCUUCACACCUCCUGGUUGCACAAAGAACCUGUCUGCAUGGGGCCUGCUAUCCACCUGUGCAGGAUCUUCUUAUAGGAAGAAUCCAUUAUUUGAAGGCAUCCUCCACCUGUGGACUUACCCAACCUGAAACUUCCUGUACUCCAUAUGGAAAAUGGCAAAUGAAAUGCUGCUCAUGUGAUUCCAGAACCCCUCAUGCAUACAAUAGUCACCGGGUGGAAAAUGUUCUCUCUUCUACAGGACACAAGCGGUGGUGGCAAUCUCAGAAUGAUGUGAAACAUGUUUCUCUCAAACUAGAUUUAAACAAUAAAUUUCAUCUUGCUAGUCUCCUGCUGGACUUUAGGAGUCCUUUGCCAGGGGGCAUGGUGAUUGAGCGUUCUACUGAUUUUGGCAAAACCUGGAAGAUCUAUCAGUACUUGGCCACAGACUGUUCUACUACUUUCCCCCGGAUUCCCAAGGGCUUACCUCAGAAGUGGCAGGAUGUCCAUUGCCAGAACAUACAGAGUCAACAUGGACAACCUCAGAAUGGGGGAAAGAUUAAGUUCAACCCUGUAGACCUUGCAUCAGGGAUGAUGACAUCUCAAAACCAACGGAUUAACAGUCCAUGGGCGUUGUAUAUGCCAACACAAUACUGCUGGGCCAAACUGUGAUCACUGUGCAUCUUUUUACAAUGAUCAGCCAUGGAAACCUGCUGAAGAUGAUAAUCCUAAUGAAUGUCAUAGAUGCAAUUGUAAUGGACAUUCCCACAAAUGCCAUUUUGACCAAAGUGUAUAUCAAGCAAAUGGGGGAAAGAGUGGGGGUGUAUGUGAAGAUUGCCAGCACAACACAGAAGGGAGGAACUGUGAAUUGUGCAAAAUAAACUUCUUUCGUAACCGGCAGUUUGAUCUUGGCCAUCCAGAGGUCUGUCUCCCUUGUGAGUGUGAUCCAGAUGGCACCGUUCCUGAUUCUAGCUGUGAUCGCAUGAAUGGUCGUUGCGUCUGUAAGGACAACGUGCAAGGAGACCGUUGUCAUCUUUGCAAACCUGGAUUUACUCAGUUGACCAACUCUAACCCCAAAGGUUGCAGAGAGUGUGCCUGCAACAUGUUGGGCAGUCGCAGAAAUGUACCCUGUGAUGAUGAAACUGGACGCUGUUUCUGCCUUCCUAAUGUGGCAGGAGAGAAGUGUGAUGAGUGUGCUGUGAAUCACUGGAAAAUUGCAAGUGGGGAGGGCUGCUGGCCUUGCAACUGCCACCCUCAGAAUUCACUCAGCCUUCAGUGCAACAAGUUUACAGGGCAAUGUCCAUGCAGGGAAGGCUAUGGUGGACUGACGUGCUCUGCUGUUGAAGUACAAGAAUGUCCACACCAGACAUUUGGAAAUGUUAGGACUGGAUGUAGAGAUUGUGACUGCAAUUUCCAAGGCACAGAGGUAAUGGGCUGUAACAAACUGACUGGUAGCUGCCUUUGCCGCUCUGGGUUCGCAGGACCCCAGUGUAACCAGUGCCAACGGGGCUACUGUGGCAACUAUCACCAGUGUGACGCCUGCCAUCCUUGUUUCCAAGCCUAUGAUGAUGAUAUUCAAAGGUUUGGCUUACGUCAGGCCUCCUUGAAAAAUUCAACACAGCACUUGCAAGGAGGGACAAUGACUUCUGGCUACAGUACCCGCCUUUUAGAAAUGGAAAGAAAAAUGCAGCACAUUCAACAGAUGUUGGACAAUCCCCUCAUUACUGAGCAGGGACUGGACCAGGUGGCCAAUGCCAUUGCUACAAUAAGGCAGACCAUUGAAGGUUUAAGCUCUGAAAUAUUUCUUGUGGAUGAAGUCUCUUCCUUGUCCAUAGAUAUGGAUGCUCUUGAUAAAAGCCUGUAUCUAAUCACUAAACAAUACCAAAAUAAGAAGGCCCAGUUUGAAGCCAGCCGCAGCAUAGAUCUCUCAGGGGCAUUCAAAACUAUCAGGUCUGCACAUGUCACAUCCUCCAAUGCCAGUGCACGCAUAGCUGGUUCUUCUGUACUGCUUGCUGAGUCUCUAGAAAAGAGGAGAAAUGCUGAGGAGCUCGAAAGUCGUCUUCUAGACCCUGAUUCAGGAUUUGAACUACUGCAGAAUAAAAUGGCUGUCGCACCCAACUUGACUCCAGUCAUUAAUAAGAUCAGAGCUGCUGAAAUAGCUUCAAGCAAGAUUCAGACAAAUGCCCAAAAACUGAGAAAUCAAAUGAGCAUCAUCAGGACACAGAUAGAGGCAGAUAUCCAGCGCACUCAGCAGUUCAUUCGUCAAGUUCGCAAUUUCCUAUCAGAUCCAGAUGCUGAUGCUACCACGAUUCAGCAAGUGAGCAAUUACAUCCUGUCCCUUAAUCUUCCAAUUGACACUGGCACAAUUCUCAGGAAAAUCACUGAGAUUCAGAAUUUGAUUGCUAAGCUGCAAUGUCCUGAUAGUAUCAUUGCCCAAACUGCUGGAGACAUAGCUAAGGCCAAACAGCUUCAGCAGGAAGCUGAAGAAGCCAGGAACCAGGCCAGUACUAUUGAGGGCAAUGUGGAUGAUGUGCUGCAGAUAUUGAAACAAGGAGAAAUAGCACUUCAAGAAGCUGAACUUACCAUUCAGGACUCUGCUUUCCCCCUCCAAAGUAUUCAAAAUCGCCUUGAAGAAAUCCAGACUAUCCUUACUCCAGCUCAGGAGAAUGUGCGGGACAUCACUAAUCAACUGGAUAGUUUCACUGAGACGCUUGUCCAGUUACAGCACAAGGCAAGCCAGAAUCAGUUAUUGGCUGCAGAUGCCCAGCAACAAGCAACAGAAGCCCAUGCGCAAGCAAAAACCACUCAGCAGGUAUUUGAACAAUUGAAUGGCAAAUACAUGGACCUGCAGAGGCGAAUGGGACAAGGGUCAAAUUUAGGCAUCCAAGGUGACAGAAUUCAAAGUGCCCAUACAGAGGCCAACACAUUGUUGAAUGAAGCAUUGAAUAUGAUGGCCAAAAUGUCUGCUUUAGAAACAGAACUACAGGAGAGUAACAGUGCCUUCAUCCUCAAGUCAGCCAAGCUGGAAGGCCUGGAAAAAAAAGUGGAAUCAAUUCGUGAUCAUAUCAGUCAACGAGUUGCAUAUUAUUCCAGUUGCACAGAUUAAAACAGUUUCUUCUCCUUUCCUGAUGAAUCCUUUCCUCUUCCUAAUUUAUCAAGAUUGCUUUCUUCAUAUGUGCAAAAAAACCCCAAACAUUUCCAUCUUUUAUUUUAAAAAGCUAGCUUUGAAAUAUUGCUAUUGCUAUAGGUUAAGCUUUAGGGGGGGAAAACCCAGAAAUGCGUGUACUAAUUUAUUUGCUCUAGCAUUCCAAGACACCUUUAUAUUUAAAAUUAAUCUCUUGAAUUCAAAUGUUGCUGAUAGCAACAUUUUUUUUAAAAAAAAAAUUGGAAGAUGUACUUUUGCAUGAGUUCUAUCCAAGCAGAAUCUGGAUUUAAGCAAGAUUAAGAAAGCAAUAUAAAUGAACAAUGGUGUCUGUUUCUUAGAUUUCAUAGCCCAUUAUAAGACUUUUUUAUCUUUUUAUCCACCACUAAUUCUUUUUACAAAUACAAAACAGCUUUUUGCAGAUAAA